UUAGUAGUAUAUUAUAUUUAAUCUUAAUUUGCAAUUGAUUUCCUUCGUUGGAAUUGGUGAAAAUCCACAAUUUAUGCCUUCUUUAGAUAUAUACUGGUGGCGUGGACCGGGAAGCAGCCAAGCAGAACCCGGACGUAUUCGCAGCGAAUAAACCGAAUUCACAACACCGGUGAUACGUCCGGAAAUUUGGUAGGUUCUCACCUUUCCGGCUGCUUUUUUUGGGGCAAAAUUAAACACACACCAACACCUUCCAGUGUGUGGAUUCUCGCGAGAGAUUCGGGGAGAGGCGACGAGCCGUUGUUUAGUACCCGCCGCAACCCUUAAUUACUUGCCGCCCUAAUUGCGCCGUCGAUUUUACUGCGUUUUCCGAAGGCGCAUGGCUCUGGUGAGCGGCAGCUUUAUGUGAUCAUUCGGUGUUGUUUUUGCUGACUUCGGCUGUGGGGUGGAGUGAAUUUUGGGAGUAAAGAGGAUGGACGUAGUGGCUGGCUGCAAGGACAAAUUAGCAUAUUUUCGGAUUAAGGAGCUUAAGGAUGUCCUUACACAACUUGGGCUUCAUAAGCAGGGAAAGAAGCAGGACCUUGUUGAUCGAAUAUUGGCCAUUCUUGCUGAUGAUCGAGGAACCUGGGCCAAGAAGAAUGCUGUUGGAAAGGAUGAAGUGGCAAAGCUCAUUGAUGACACGUACAGAAAAAUGCAAAUCUCUGGGGCGCCUGACUUGGCAUCAAAAUCCCAAGGCCUUUCAGAUGGUACAAAGGUAAAACCUAAAGAGGAGAUAGUAGAUUCAAAUCACAGGGAUACGAUACGCUGUCUCUGUGGAAACUCAUUGCCUACUGAUUCAAUGAUUAAGUGUGAGGAUCCAAGGUGUAAUGUAUGGCAGCAUAUAGCAUGUGUGGUGAUUCCCGAGAAACCAAUGGAUGAUGUUCUACAUAGUCCUCCAAAAACAUUUUACUGUGAAAUAUGCAGGCUGAGUCGAGCUGACCCCUUCUUGGUGUCAAUUGCAAAUCCUCUGUAUCCUGUGAAAUUGAAUAUCACAAGUGUUCCUGCAGAUGGCUCUAAUCCUGCUCUGAGCAUUGAGAAAACGUUUCAACUAACAAGGGCAGACAAGGACUUGUUGUUGAAACAAGAAUAUGAUGUUCAGGCAUGGUGCAUGCUACUCAAUGACAAGGUCACAUAUAGGAUGCAAUGGCCACAAUAUGCAGAUCUGCAAGUGAAUGGUGUGCCAGUACGAGCAAUAAAUAGACCCGGUUCUCAACUUCUUGGAGCAAAUGGUCGAGACGAUGGACCUAUUAUUACAACCUGCACCAGAGACGGAAUUAAUAAGAUUUCCUUAACAGGAUGUGAUGCUCGCAUUUUCUGUGUGGGAGUUAGAAUUGUAAAGCGAAGGACUUUGCAUCAGAUUCUUAAUUUGAUCCCAAAAGAGGAUGAAGGUGAGGGUUUUGAGGAUGCACUAGUUCGUGUGCGUAAAUGUGUUGGUGGGGGAGCUGCCACAGAAAAUGCUGAUAGUGACAGUGAUAUUGAAGUUGUUGCUGAUUUUGUUCCUGUCAAUCUCCGCUGUCCUAUGAGUGGUAUGAGAAUGAAGAUCGCUGGAAGGUUUAAGCCUUGUGCUCACAUGGGCUGUUUUGAUCUGGAAGUAUUUGUGGAGAUGAACCAACGCUCCAGGAAGUGGCAAUGUCCCAUUUGUCUGAAGAACUAUUCUUGGGAGAAAAUCAUCAUAGAUCCAUAUUUCAAUCGGAUAUCACACAAGAUGCGGGAUGCUGGAGAAGAUGUGGCAGAGGUUGAGGUAAAGCCUGAUGGCUCUUGGCGUGCUAAGGCAGAGGGAGAUCGUAGAGGACUUGGGGAGCUUGGGCUGUGGCAUUUGCCUGAUGGUACCAUCUGUUCGUCAACUGAAGCAGAAUCAAAGUCAAAAGUAGAACUUAAACCAGUUAAACAGGAGAAUGGUUCUGAUGGUCAUGGUGUUCUAAAAAUUGGAAUCAGAAAAAACCGAAACGGUUGUUGGGAAUUUAACAAAGCUGAUAAUGUGCGAGGUGUCUCACCUGCAAAUAAACUUCAGCAAAACUUCAAGAAUAAUGGUGAGACUAUAAUUCCUAUGAGCAGUAGUGCCACUGGUAGCGGCAGAGAUGGUGAAGAUGGCAGUGUUAAUCAGGAUGAUGAGGGAAACCUCGACUUUUCUGCAGUUAAUCGUACUGAAUGUGGGUCCAUGCCCCCGAGUGUUGAACCACCACAUGGAUUUAAUGAUCCAUUUUCUUCUACUCCAGGUGGAGAUGCUGACAUAAUUGUCCUUAGCGACUCUGAUGAAGAAACUGAGCCGCUAAUGUCCCCGAAGGCUCACAAGAGCAGUGGGGCAGAUAGCAUUCAGUUUCCGGCUCCACAGCAUGGGAUUCCUGAUUCUUAUUAUGAAAAUCCUGCUGUUAGUAAUGGUGCAAAUUCAUGUCUCGAUCCUUACAAUACAAAUGAUGAUGAGUUUGGGAGUAAUAUUUGGUCAUUGCCACCUGGUGGUCAGAAUUUUCAAUUAUUUGGGUCUGAUGCUGACAUUACUGGCCAUUUAGUUGACAUGGAAGAUGUCACUCUUAAUUGCCAGUCAUCUAUGAAUGGCUAUAAAUUGGCUGCGGAGACUUCUUUGGGAGCUGCUGCACUCAUCCCUGAUUCUGAUGCUCAACUUACUGAUAUGAAUGGUGGUUUAGUAGAUAAUCAUUUGCCGCGUAAUGGCAACGACCCCUCGCUUCAAAUAUUCCUUCCUACAAGGCCUUCGGACGCUUCAACUGUGCAGACUGAUAUGAGAGACCAUCCUGAUGUUUCAAAUGGUAUUCGUACUGAGGACUGGAUUUCUCUCAGGCUUGGUGAUGGUGGCGGAAGGGGUGGGGGGGAACCCACAGCUGCAAAUGGCAUAGGUUCAGCCAAUCAAUUACCACCCAAAGAUAGUAACUUGAACACGUUAGCAGAUAAUGCAACUUUUUUGCUUGGUAUGAAUGGCAACAGGACCGGUAAGACGAGUAGGGAAUGUUCAGAUAGUCCUUUUUCAUUUCCUCGCCAACGGCGUUCUGUAAGACCAAGAUUAUAUCUCUCUAUUGAUUCAGACUCCGAGUAGCGCCACUGGAGAGGCAAUGCGGAGGAAAGUCCUUUUCUGUUAGACGUCGAUAGGACUGCUGUCAGAUGCCUUGUUUUUUGUGGAGAGACAGUCUCAUUCUUGCUUCCUAGCUGAUCUGUACAUUUAGUAGAUAGAAGAAGCUGACCACUUCACCUGCAUUGGGAACUUACUAGUACCUCUUAUGCUGCCUCUACUGAAUUUUGGUGCAGUGCUUCUAAAUUGCUCAUUUUGUGGUUUUAGUAGAUGGUGAAGUGGGAAAUGUCAGCUAAUUUUGCUCGAGGGGAAUAUGGAAGAUUACAUUUAGGUUAGGAAAAAUAACCUGUAAAUUGACAUAAACUAAGUGUUUCCUUUUCUUAAACUAGUAUUAAUAUUAAUUAAUAUAAAAGUAUUUGUUUGCAAACA